AUGUUACUCCAUACGAUUUCUCCUUCCCAUUGUGAAACACUUUCUACAAGACAUACUCUAAAUGUUCACAUCAUCAAGCAGGUUUCACUCUAUGUGAAUCCAAUUGUAUUUAUUUUACAGAAAGCUAUAGACCUGGUAUCCAAGGCAACAGAGGAAGACAAAGCCAAAAACUAUGAAGAGGCCUUGAGGUUGUACGAACAUGGAGUGGAAUAUUUUCUACAUGCCAUCAAAUAUGAAGCGCAGAGUGAGAAGUCCAAGGAAAGCAUCCGUUCCAAGUGUGUGCAGUAUCUGGACAGAGCAGAGCAGAUCAAAAAGCACCUGAAGAAUAAAGAUGGCAAAGGUGGCAAGCCCAAGCCAAUGAAAGAAGGAGGCAGUUCAAAGAAAGACAAUGGUAGUGACUCUGAUGAGGAGGAUCCUGACAAGAAGAAGCUGAUGGGACAACUAGAAAGUGCCAUUGUGAUGGAGACACCCAAUGUGAAAUGGAAUGAUGUAGCUGGUCUGGAGGCAGCCAAGGAAGCCCUGAAGGAGGCAGUCAUUCUGCCCAUCAAGUUCCCUCACCUCUUCACAGGUAAAAUGCAAGGUGUGGGGAAUGACAAUGAUGGCAUACUAGUCCUGGGGGCCACCAACAUUCCGUGGACCCUGGAUGCUGCUAUCAGGAGACGGUUUGAGAAGCGCAUCUACAUCCCCCUGCCAGAGGACCAUGCUCGUACCACCAUGUUUAAACUGCACAUCGGGAACACACCCCACAACAUGUCCGAGACAGACUUCAGGGACUUAGGCAAGCGCAGUGAUGGGUACUCUGGUGCUGACAUCGCCAUCGUGGUGCGGGACGCCCUCAUGAUGCCUGUCAGGAAAGUGCAGUCUGCCACACACUUCAGAAAGGUGCGAGGUCCAUCCAGGGAUGACCCACAGCUCAUAGUGGAUGACCUACUGACACCCUGCUCCCCGGGCAGCCCAGGAGCUAUAGAGAUGGCCUGGACAGAAGUACCCUCCGACAAGCUGGCCGAACCUGUCGUUACUCUGAGUGACAUGAUGCAGGCCCUGAGCAGGACUCGGCCCACCGUUAAUGAGAACGACCUGACAAAGCUGAAGAAGUUCACAGAGGACUUUGGGCAGGAGGGGUGAGCUGACCAGGGACACCGGGAGUAGCGAGGGACACAUGAAAUAUCAAACAGUCAAUCUGACAAGCUAGAAAACAUGUGGCUUUAUGACUAGUCACUAAAGACUCUUAGUACUGAAGUUAUGGGGGGGGGGGGGCAAAUGUAAAGUGAGAAGGAAAAGUGGACUGAUAAAUGUACAGAUAAGUUGUAACUUUGGGUUGAAAUACUGAAACUGAAAGUAAUUACACUGGAACACUAUCUCUUUCAUGUACAUAAUAUGUAUUUAGUAGAGUUAUCAGGAUGCUACUUCAACUUAGUACCUUUAGAUAAGGCAAAAGGGUUAUGGUAAAUUUGCUCGUGCAAACCUGAUUUGGGAAGGCAUGCGCUGAAUUAUUUUUGGAGAAUCUGAUGUGCAUCAGUAAUAAAUUAGUGUAUCAAGUUACGGAUAUUGGGCUUGUGGUGAAGUUUAGAGAAAUUAAUCUUAUAAAUUGUUUCAUCAGAUAUGAAAAAGAUGCCUUUAACAAAUUAUGCACAAACUUGUACAUGUAUUUUGACAUGCACUAGCACUACUAUACUGUAUACAAGUGCUGCUUUUUUUCUGUUCCUUAUCAACUUGAUUGUGCUUGUUGUAACAGUACAUAAACAUAGAGUUGUCUUGAAUGCCCUGCAUGAAUGAAACCUUACACAUACAAUUUCCAUUCUCUGGUA